AUGUAUUUAUUAAGAGAAAAUGGAGCGUACCGAAAAGUCAAUGUUGCAAUUGGCUUUGAAAAGGUGUUGUUAGCUGAUUUUAAUGAAGUUCCAGGUCUCAUGAGGAAGUUUAUUCAAUAUGUUAAUUCUGCAUCAUUCAUGAAUUCCCAUCCAAUCAAACAAGCUUGCCUUAUCCAUUACAAUUUUGUUCAAAUUCAUCCAUUCAAAGAUGGGAAUGGAAGAAUAUCUAGAUUAUUAAUGAACUAUGUCUUGUUGAGGGGUAAAUAUCCAAUCACUAUCAUUGAAAAUGCUGACAAACAAACAUACUUUCGAUCUAUUGCGGAGCAUAAAGGUAAAUCCCAUUCAACUAAACCUGUACAAUCUCCAUUCUGUAAUUUCUUAAUGAACCAAAUCAUACUAACCUUCAAGGAUAACCUGGAUUCAUAUAUUAGUAUUAAGAAACGUCAUACAGGAACCAGAUAUAAAUUUGCAAACACACCUAUUCUUGGUGAUGCAUAA